AUGGCUGCCGGAAAUGCCUAUUUGGGGAUAUUCAAGGACCGAUUCCGGUACUUUAUAUUAUUGUUGGCACUGUUUUGUUUAACUGCUAUAUCAUCAAACAUGUUGACGUUUAACUUUGCUGUACUGUGUAUGAAUCUAAAUGCUACUGAAUAUGUAAGUUUUUGUUGGCAAAAAGCUAGUCUAAUUGUAAGCUUAGCUUUGCCUCAUCUUGCUUAGCCUUGCCUUGCCUUGCCUUGCCUACAGCUCAUGCUUACGUUUGAGCCAAAUCUAAUGAUCAUACCUAUACCUACACGUACCAACCCAACUAUACAUACUCUUUCCAGAACGCCAACGUACCAACAUACGAAUUCACUCCAAAGGAAGAAACCUUGAUUAUGUGGGCAUUAGGACUUGGUAGCUUAUUAGGAACAUUCCCGUUUACCUACUUGUUUACCAAGUUUGGCACAAAAUACAUCUUUAUAAUAGCUGGUACGGUAUCAGUUCUUUCUACUGUAGCUACACCUACUUCAUUACAAUUUGGAUUCUACCCGUUUUUGUUUGUUAGGUUUAUACAGGUGGGUUUAUAAUGCUUUUUGGCAAGAACUUUCUUUACAAAGGAUAUUUUCAGGGAAUUUCAUACGCAGCUGACUUUGCAGCCAUCGGAUUACUCACUUCAAUUUGGGCAUCUCUAAAACAACAUGCUUUAUUCUUGUCCGUACUAACAUCGUACUCACCGUUAUCUAGCACAUUGACGAAUAUCUUUUCUGGAUAUGUAAGUUUGUUUUAAAUUGUCAUUUAGUUUUUAAAAUUUUAUUUUUUUGUUUUGACUGGUAAAAAGAAAGUUUUUAAUGCUUGACCCUUCCUGGGUAAGGUAGGUGGUUGAUAUUUUUAGUGCUUAAUUUCUCAUUGAUAACAAGCCAAAAAGUAUUGAAAUUUAGGCUUAAAUUGGAGCUUAGAUCCUAUGUUAUCUUUUCAUAACAAUUUUAGUGUACUUAAACACAAUUUGUAAAACAUAGAAGCUGUUUUCUGACUGAAUAAUGAGUAGAUGGCCUACUAUAAUAUCGGAAGAUACCUUUUUAAGAUUGGAACGAAUUUUAUGUAAAUUAGUUGAAAAAGACUAUUAAAAUGAAGUUAAAGACAGUAUUUUAUGAAAAAAAUGUUUUUCCAAGUUGAAAAAGGCGUCUACCGAUAUUAUAGUAGAGCAUCUGAUCAUUUUUUUGGAAAAAAAUUAUUUUUGCCAUUUUAACUUGACUUAUAGUUAAUCAAUUUAGUUUUUCGAAAUACCAUGAAUUACAAGCCUUAAUUUAAACCUAAAUUUCAUUAUGUUUUUGCUUUUAUCAAUGUGAAAAUAUUCAUCAAAGAUCACAAGGUCUUGUUGAUGGUCAACUUUUUUUAAACAAGACAUUGGCUGCCAUUUAUUAGGUUGUCCGGAAAGUUCUGCAAUAUUUAUUCACUUUUGAACUAACAAUAAUAACAAUAUAAUUAACAACUACAAUCAAUCAAAGUAAUUACCGUCUGAAUCAAUACAGUCUUACCAACGAUUUUUUUAUUCCACGAUUGUAGAAUUCCGGGUUUCUGGAGUUGAUGAAGUUCUUGAAGGCAUUCUUGGCAUCGUCUGGAGUUUUGAAGAUUCUUCCAUUAAGAAACGAAGACAAGUGUUUAAAAAGGUGAAAGUCCGUUGGAGCCAAGUCUGGAGAAUAAGGAGAGUGCUCCAAGACUUCGUAUCCCAGUUCCCUGAAUUUUGCCACGGUCUUCUUUGCAGUAUGGGGCCGUGCGUUAUCCUGCAGAAUGAUCGGACCCCUCCUUCUGACGAUUGUUGGAAGAUUGUGUCGCAGUUUGUCAAUCUGGGCACAGUAGGUGUCGGCCUUAAUACUUUGGCCAGUUUUCAUGAAAUCGUACUGGAUCACUCCAGAGCUACACCACCAGACAGUCACCAUAAGCUUCUGUUCGUGCAAUUCUGGCUUCGGAACGUGCUUAGGAGCUUCUCCACGCUUACACCAACUUGUAGUUUGAAUUCAUUCCAUAUAAUCACGCGCAGGCGAGAUUUCUCCAUUUUUUUCUAAUACCUAAAACAAUACAAAAAAUGAAAUUAAGUUAUGUAACUUACCUUUUUGAAUAAUUUAGGUAACAAACAAACAAACAAAAAAAGAAUUUUUUCUUUCCGUCAAGAAAUAAAUUUUUCUUGAUUUUUCAAAGUUUACCUACUCAAAUAUUGCAGAACUUUCCGGACAACCUAAUACAAAUGAUUUUACAGGUCUGCGACUCAUUUCUCGGCUGGCCGUUUAUUUACUACUUCCACGGCAUUGCUGGCGCUGCUCUAUUUACAUACUGGUUCAUAAUGUACACAGACACCCCAGCUGAAUCCAAAUGGGUAUCAGCAGUUGAGUUGGAGAAGAUCGAAAGGAACAAAGGUGAAGAAGAGCUCCAGAUUCAAGGUGCCAUUCCUUACUUUGAAAUCUGUAAAAGUCCAGUCGUUUUGGCAGUCUGGCUAAAUGCCUUGACUGAAAUUACAUCGAGUAUAUUCUUGUUGACAUACACACCUAUCUAUAUUAACAAGGUGCACAAGUUUAGUGUUGAAGCGACCGGAUUGAUCAGUUCUGUACCGUCAACGACAGCUAUUGUGUUGAGAAUGGCUUUUGGAUAUGUCAGCGAUAAAAUAACGUGAGUUUUCUUUUGGUGGGCAGGGAAGAUUUUAGGGUAGGGGUAUGUUUCCAGUAGGGGUUGAUUUCAUGAUAAGGGUUAAUUUUGAAUUAGGCGUGGGUUUUAGAGCAGAGGUAAUUUUUAGGCGUGGGUGGAUUUAUCGGUAGUAAUAUACAAUAGUUCUGGGGGACUAGGGUGAGAUAUUAUAAGGUCGAUUAGGGUAGAGUUAAGUAGGGUAGGGUAUAGUAGGGUAGGGUAGGGUAGGGUAGGGCAGGGUAGGGUAAAGUAGGAAAGGGUAGUGUAGGGUACGGUACGUUACAGUAAGGUAGGGUAGCGUAGGGUGAUGUAGAGCUGUAAAUCAAGCUUUAACGUAUUUAUUCUGCAGAUUUUGGGAAGAGCGGACCAAAAUAAACGUAUUCAAUACACUCUCAACGGUCGGACCCGCUAUUUGCUAUAUGGCUAUUGUUUUCUUCGGUAAUUCAGUGUUUGAUAUAAUGAUGCUGGUCAUGAUCAAUGUGUUCUAUUCGUUCAGUGGGGGUGGAUUUUACAAGUGUGCUACGUUGUCGUGUCGGUAAGUAAUGACAGUUUUUGAUAAGUGGCGGUUUUUUUGGCAGAAACUUUGUUUACAAAACUAAAAAUGGCAAUAACUUUCUUUACAAGGUAAAAAAUGGCAAAAACUUUCUUUACAAGGUAAAAAAUGGCAAGAACUUUUUUUACAAAAAAAUGGCAAGAACUUUCUUUACAAAACAAAAAAUUGCAAGAACUUUCUUUCCAACUAUUUAUUUUUAAAUUUUCAGCCAAUACAGUCACUUUGUCAUAGCUAAUAUCCAAUUCAUCAAAUGCCUAACACUAUUCUUGGCCCCAGCCAUCUACGGCUACUUCGUUGAGGACGAAGAUGCGGCCGACCAGUGGGACCACAUGUUUAUUUUCAUAAGUGUGGUGCUAAUAAUCUCGGGCUUUAUUUUCGUUUUUGUUUCUACUGAUCAACCACUUGCGUUUACCAAAAGUCAUGAGGCCAAGAAAGAGAGUCGGCGACUAACGGUCGAUAUGAUUAUGGAUGCUCAGUUAAAGGCAUAG